GAGAGGAGGAGAUAGAAGUGAAACUUCACUUCGUUUCGAUUAGUGCAUAAUUUGGUGUUAUCAACUUUUAUCACUGUUUUCGUAAUCGCCGUCGGCGCUAAUCACGUCCAAUUUGUGUGGAUUUCGGUGGUCCGGUCCGGAGGGCUCUUCCUGAGGCCAAAAGUGGUACGGAACUCCCCGCGGUGAGCGCUACUCCGGAGUCGAGGUAGCAAAACCAAAGGGCACCACCAUGAUUCGUGUUUAGGAGGAAAGUGUGUAGAAUUCGACCUUUAGACCUCCCUUCUUUGGGUGAAGCUGCUGCAGCUGACGACGACUAGGACUUGAGCGGGGAACGUGAACGCGGAAUCAUGUCCUUCAAGGAUUUGGUGGAACCGGAAUGCGGCGGGGCGAACCCGCUGAUGAACCUGGGCCGCCAGGUGACCCGGGAUGUCGCGUUCCAGGACGAGGGCUUUGUCGGCGGACGGUCGGCCUUCAUCGGCAGCGACAACGACCUGGUCAAGGAGUUUAUGGGCCAGAUCGCUCCAGCUCCGCAGUCGUUCCGUAUGGACGUACUGCUGAAGGAGAUGCGGGAUAUCGACGCGCAGAAUUUCCACCAGCGUCAAAUCGUACCUGGACCGCCGGUCAUCGAAGAGGUCAACCGGUCGGAUAUGGACUGGGCGAAGGAAUUCGCCAUCGAUUCGAUGGGAGCCAGCCACUCGGGACACCGCGCUGAAAGCAAACUCUCAAGUGUUUGGUCCAACUCCCAGCUGGCUCCAAUCGAGGAAUCGUUCGGUGCUGGUCCAAGCAACAUUCUGUACGCGAAGGAUUUUUUCGACCUGAACGAACCGAAAAGCGAAGAGGAACAGAAGACCAUACGCCAAGCCGCGGGGGAACUGGCCGAGGUUGCCUAUGGCCAUGAUUCGGAAAAGUUGAACUACAGCGAGUUUCUUCACUUCAUGAACAAUGUCGGUGAGGGUGGCAUCAAGAUCAACGACGGACAGGUCAGCGGUGGUAACGUUUGGGCCAACGAGUUCGACCAGCUUGCCGCUGGGUCGUCCAAGGCGGCCGCCACGAAGGAGGAACCGGGCAUCGCGGAGGACUGGGCCAAGGCGUUCGAGGACAGCAAGAAGGGCAACCAGGAGGCCACGGAGAACUACAACAAGCAGUUCUGGGAGCGCCUGCAGGACGAGUGGCGCUCGAUUUCCGAGAACGAGAGCCAGCAUCCGUGGCUGUCGGAGUUUUCCGAGUUUUACGACCCCUACAAGGAGUACAAGUUUGACGAGGAAAAUCCAAUGAGCAACGUGGAGAACGCGUUUGAGAAGGGCAAAGCCUUUCUGGCGCAGGGAGAUAUUCCGAGCGCGGUGUUGUGUUUUGAGGCGGCCGUAAAGCAAGAUCCGGAAAAUCCGGAAAUUUGGGAACUCCUCGGGUUUAGCCAGGCUGAGAACGAAAAAGAUCCGAAUGCAAUCGCUGCGCUGAACAAGGCGUUGUCAUUUAAUCCGAAUAACAUGCCCGUGUUGAUGGCGCUGGCCGUUUCUUAUACGAACGAAAGCAUGCAGAACCAAGCGCUGAAGAUGUUGGUCAAGUGGAUGAAGUGUAAUCCCAAGUACGAAGCGUUGGUUCCGCCGCAGAUGCUGCAAGCGCAGGAAUCGCCUCUGGCCAGCUCGUUGAUGGGUGGACCAAGUCUACAGGAUGUUCAAGAUCUGUACAUAAAGGCGGUGCAGACUUCCCCGAGCGAAAUCGAUGCAGACAUUCAGGAAGCGCUGGGAGUGCUGUUCAACUUGAGUUCCGAGUACGAUAAAGCGGUCGAUUGCUUCCGUGCUGCCGUGCAGGUUCGUCCGAACAGUUCUAAGAUUUGGAACCGCCUGGGGGCAAGUUUGGCCAACGGUAAUCGUUCGGUUGAGGCCGUCGAGGCCUACCAACGCGCUUUGGACAUCCAGCCUGGUUUUAUUCGCGCACGCUACAACGUUGGCAUCAUCUGUAUCAAUCUGAAAGCAUACAAGGAAGCUGCCGAGCACCUGCUGACGGCCCUCAACCAUCAGGCUUCGUCGAUCGCCCGCUCGGGCAUUAACGUUUCGUCGCCGGCAAACCAGAUGUCCAGCACGAUCUGGAUCACGUUGCGCAUGGUAAUGUCACUCAUGGGACGCCAGGACUUGCAGCAAGCUAUCGAUAACCGUGACCUGGACAUUUUGAACCGCGAGUUUCCGAUGAGUAACGAUUAGAGGGAGGGAGGUAGAAAGAGAGAGUGAGAGAGCGAGAAUGGGUUUGUUUUAUACAUACAGGGAGGAAGAUUAAAGGAGAAAAAGAGAGAUGUUUUGUUUUAUUUUUUUAUUCACAUAAAAUACCGAAGGUGGGACCUUGUAAAAAAGAAAAGAAACAUGAAGAUGGUGAAGAAGAAAAACAUUUAUAUUCGAUCCAGUUAAUUCUGACGAGCAAUAUCAAAAUAAAUAACAAAAAAAUGUGCGACGGUUGAGGAGAAGUGGGAGGAUGAGAGAUACAUUUUCCUUUUUGUUUUAAACUGUAACAUUGCUGGGUUUGAUAAGGGUAAAUAAAACAGGAGUACAAGAACA